UCACUUACUCGAUCAAAAGACGUCAAAAAGCCUUGAAGAACGAAGCGUCGAUCAAGGCCAAAUCCUCGCGUCAAGAUCAGAAGAUGUCCCAGAGCUCGUGUCGAGGACUGAAGAAGAGCAAGAUCUCGUCUCAAGAGACUUGGAGAAACGAGCAAGAGCGCCCGUCAAAGCUGCAGUCAAAGCGGCGCCGCCAAAACCUGUACCCAAAAAGGCACCUGCUGCUCCAGCAAAGGCGGCACCGAAAGCAGCCGCUCGAAAGGCUACCCCCGCAAAAGCGGCACCGAGACAGGCUGCGAAGAAAGCUGCCCCUCAGAAGAAGGCUCAGGCUAGUGUACGCAAGCCAGCUCAGAGGAAGGUGACCACGCCUAAAAAGGCAAAAGCUGUCGUCAAUAAGAAGGCUGGAGCAAAGGCACCUGCCAAAGCGAGAAAACCUGCGCAGCAGUCUCGCAAGGCUUCCAAUAGUAAUAAGGCAAAGUCGGGAAAGAGCGUUGCGCGAAAGGCUCCUGCGUCCAAGGCCGGCAAGAACAAUGCGGCCAAGUCGCGCAAAGCACCCGCCUUCAGGAAGGCAGCGGGUUCUAAGGGUGGCAAGAAUAUUGCGGCCAAGUCCAAGGCUGGCAAGAGUAACGCGUCAAAGUCUCGCAAGGCGCCAGCGUCCAAGUCCAAGGCCGGCAAGAAUAACGCGUCCAAGUCUCGGAAAUCCACUGGAUCCAAAGGGGGCAAGGCUGUCGCAUCCAAGUCGCGCAAGGCGUCUGCUUCCAAGAGCGGCAAGAAUAACGCGUCCAAAGCUCGCAAGGCGACGAACAAGAAGGCUGUAUCCAAGUCCAAGACUGGAAAGAACAACUUGUCAAAGUCUCGCAAGGCGUCUGCUUCCAAAGCUGGCAAGAAGACCGCCUCAAAGUCCAAGUCGAACAAGGUGGCAAAGUCCAAGGCUGGAAAAGCUUCUGCAUCCAAGCCCCGGAAGGGCAACGCUUCCAAGUCUGGCAAGAAAGCCGUCUCUAGCUCUCGCAAGGCUAAAGGUGGCAAGAACUCUGCGUCCAAGUCUCGCAAAGGAGUCGCCAAAUCUAGCAAGAAAGCAGCCUCCAAAGCUGGAAAGGGGUCUAGAGCCAAGGGCUCGAUGAAGGCAUCAAAGUCUCGCAAGUCUGCCGCUUCCAAGGCUGGCAAGGCCACCGCCAAAUCUCGCAAGUCUCCUGGCAAGAAAGUUGCAUCCAAGUCUAGCAAGAAUGCUGCCUCAAAGUCUCGCAAGGCAUCUGCGUCCAAGUCAAGAAAGAACUCU